GCUCUCGCGUAAGAUCCGGGCCCGAGGAAGGAUGAAUGCAAAUUUCAAAGAUGGCGGCGGAGGGAGGAGGGAAGGAGAUGAACGAAAUUAAAACUCAGUUCACCACCCGGGAAGGCGCCUACAAACUCCUCACUCACUCCGAAUAUAGCCGCCCCAACAGGGUGCCUUUUAAUUCACAAGGUUCUAACCCCGUUAAAGUCUCUUUCGUCAACGUCAACGAUCAGUCUGGCAACGGCGACAGAAUCUGUUUCAAUGUGGGCCGGGAGCUGUACUUCUAUAUCUACAAAGGCGUCAGAAAGGCUGCCGACUUGAGCAAGCCAAUCGACAAGCGGAUCUACAAGGGGACGCAGCCCACGUGCCAUGACUUCAACCACCUGACGGCUACGGCCGAGAGUGUUUCUCUGCUGGUUGGCUUUUCAGCUGGCCAGGUGCAGCUCAUCGACCCUAUCAAGAAGGAGACGAGCAAGCUCUUCAAUGAAGAAAGACUGAUAGACAAGUCGCGAGUGACGUGCGUCAAGUGGGUGCCGGGCUCGGAGAGCCUGUUCCUGGUGGCGCACGCCAGCGGCAGCAUGUACCUGUACAACGUGGAGCACACGUGUGGCACGACGGCGCCGCACUACCAGCUUCUGAAGCAGGGCGAGAACUACGCCGUGCACACGUGCAAAAGCAAGCAGGCGCGGAACCCACUGCUGCGCUGGACAGUGGGCGAGGGCGCGCUGAACGAGUUCGCCUUCUCGCCGGACGGCAAGCACCUGGCGUGCGUGAGCCAGGACGGCUUCCUGCGCGUGUUCAACUUCGACGCGGUGGAGCUUCACGGCACAAUGAAGAGCUACUUCGGCGGCCUGCUGUGCGUGUGCUGGAGUCCCGACGGCAAGUACAUCGUGGCGGGCGGCGAAGACGACCUGGUGACGGUGUGGUCGUUCCUGGACUGCCGGGUGAUCGCGCGCGGCCACGGCCACAAGUCGUGGGUGAGCGUGGUGGCGUUCGACCACUGCACCACCAGCGUGGAGGAGAGCGAGCCGCUGGAGUUCAGCGGCUCCGACGAGGACUUCCAGGAGCAGCCGCCUCCGCCGCCGCCCGUGUCGUCGUCUGCCACCGCCUCCUCGUCCUCGCAGUUCGGCCGCGACCGUGCCAACAGCACGCAGUCGCGACUGUCCAAGCGCAACUCCACCGACAGCCGGCCGGUCAGCGUGACGUACCGGUUCGGCUCGGUGGGCCAGGACACUCAGCUGUGCCUGUGGGACCUCACCGAGGACAUCUUGUUCCCCCACCUGCCGCUCUCGCGAACGCGGACGCACACCAACGUCAUGAACGCCACCAGCCCCCCUGGUGGGACGGGCGGCACCGGAACCGGCACGGGAGGCGUCGGGGGAAGCGGGACCGUCAUCUCCACGGCGACGGCAACAUCCACGACGACGGCCGGCGCCAACAGCAGCAACCCCAGCACCAACGGCAACAACAGCGGCGCCAACACGCCCUCGGCGCCCAACUCGCUCACCACGGCGGCCGCCACGCUGCCGCGUUCCAACAGCCUCCCGCAUGGGGCGGCCAGUGUCGCCGGCGGCAACAGCAGCAGCGGAGGAGGCGGUGGCACCACCGGCGGCGGCGGCAAAUCGGGCGGUGUGAUGGACGGCGGGCUGGCCAAGUUCGCUACGCUCUCGCUGCACGACCGCAAGGAGCGCCACCAGCACCACCACCACCACCACGAGAAGGACCACAAGCGCAACCACAGCAUGGGCCACAUCAGCAGCAAGAGCAGCGACAAGCUCAACCUGCUGGCCAAGCAGAGCAAAACGGACCCGGCCAAGACGCUGGGGACACUGCUGUGUCCGCGCAUGGAGGACGUGCCCCUGCUGGAGCCACUUAUCUGCAAGAAGAUUGCGCACGAGAGACUCACCGUCUUGAUCUUUCUCGAGGACUGUUUUGUCACCGCUUGUCAGGAGGGAUUUAUUUGCACAUGGGCAAGGCCUGGUAAAGUGGGCUUAUUGUCAUCCCAAAACCAAGCCAACUCACCAAGUGGGACUGUAGUAUAGCCACAAUAUUUCUGCUGCUAAGAAUCCUGCAUCACAGAGAUGUUGAGGCACACAGAGGCGGAUGCUGCUCUUCACCCUCAAAAAGCAUUGCAAGUUUUGUUUUGUCCUUAUACCCCUUUCCUUGAUUUCUUUUUUUCUUCCUUUUCCCCAUUUCUUUUCCUCCCUAGUUUUCACUCCCUGCUGAGAUCUUUAUGUUUUGGUUGUCACUUGUACGGCCCAGAGUUUGGUGGAUGUGCAUAGAUACAGAUGGGAAAAAAAGGGGUGUGGUGCAAUUUUCUUUUUUCUUCCAAAAAGCGGCUGGUGUAUCCCCGGAUUUUUAAAGAGUUGUAUUUAUUUUAAAUUCUUUUUUUUUUUUUUUUUUUUUUUUGGCUAACACACAUCUGCUUCACUUUCUACCCCACAUCCACUUCUGUUCUGCCUCCCCUCCCUCCCUUCUCCUCUCCUGCUGGAUUUUGGAUCAUGGUUGACUAAAUGAACCAUACCAACUAAUCACUGGUUAAGGAUCCCAUCCGGCCGAUGUUCUCAAACAAAGGGAGGCACGAGUCUGAGGAUUUCACCGCCCCCCAGAUUCCUCCUCUCUUCCCCUCUUCUCCAACCACCUUUUCUUUAGACUCUUUCCUCAUUGAGAACUUUUGCACUGAUUUUUUUUUUUUUUUUUUUUUUGGUCUUUUGUUUUGUAACUACUAUAAAGGAUUUAAAAAAAAAUGGGAAGGUUCAGGGGAUGACCUCCAUGCACUUGGCUUUGUUAUCCUCUGUCUUGAAAUUUGAAAUCUGAAAAAGCUGGAUGCUGCAAUCAUAGUUUUUUAAAACGAGAAAAAAAAUGUGUUUGCACUUAAUAGUUUAUUAGAAGAGAAUGGCUUUACAUUUUUGUGUGUGUGCGCGCGCAAGGACUCGCAGACAGAAAUAAGGAGGAGAGAAUAUGAACUGAUAACUUUGUAUCUAUUGAGCAUUUAUUUUAAUAUUGUUUCAGAUCAAAAUCUGCUCUGUAUGAUAUUGUACAAUAUUGUAAUUCAGUGAUUUGAUGAGGCAAACAGCAAACUGAUCAGUGCUCUAGUGGACGUUUUUGUCAUCAUUAAAGGAAAUAGUGAUCUUUCUUAAGCAGAAAACUAUACAUAUUAAUAAUAUUAAAAUAAUCUUAAAUAUGCAGGUUUCUGUUUUUUUUCUUUAUUUUUCUUGUACAAAUGUUCAUCCAGAGGUAUUUUGGUAUAGGAGAUUUUUUGUGUUAAAUGCUCUCAUUGACGAGCUGAAACGCUUACCUGUUGUUAACAGAUUCACGAAAGAAUGAUAGAAAAAAAACGUAAGAAAGAAAUAUAGAAGUGUAAUUCAGCAGAGGGGCUGUUCAGACUCUACAACUAUAUGAAGCUCAGGAAGUCUCAAGAAAAGACUAAAGAAAAAAAAAAUAAACAAACACAAAAAAAGAUGAAGAUAGUUCAUAUUUUGCCUACCAACAGCAAUGCUAUUACUCAAUGUAACGCUAAGUAACAUCCAACUAGGAACAAAUAGGUUUGAAGUUGAACAGUAGGACCCUUAUCUGUGUGACACACUUAAAUGUUUUUUACUGUAUCCUCUUUUGUGACUACCAAUCAUUGUUGAUGAAACCUACAUUGACUACACUAACUGGGGAAGGGAUGAAGACACCGACAUGGUCAUACCCUUGGUUUUUCAAUGUGGUUGACAUUUUACAUUUCACCUUUUGUUCUGCAUUAAAACGAGAACGUAUAUGAA